CCACUGAAUUUUGUAUAUUCCUUUGUUUAGAUUAAAGGACCUAGAGCGAGGAGAGCUAGGCCAUUCUGGGGUCUAUGUGAAGAUGUUGGCAGCUCCUGUCAAUCCAGCAGACAUCAAUAUGAUCCAAGGGACAUAUGCCCUUCUCCCUGACUUGCCUGCAGUAGGAGGGAAUGAAGGUGUUGGACAAGUGGUGGAAAUUGGCAGUCAUGUGACUUCUUUGAAGCCGGGGGAUUGGGUUAUUCCAACAGAUGCAGCAUUUGGAACGUGGCGAACUGAUGCAGUGUUCAAUGAAGACACCUUGGUGAAACUCCCACGUGACAUUCCUUUGCUGUGUGCUGCCAACUUGAGCGUCAACCCCUGUACAGCCUAUCGGAUGCUGAUUGACUUUGAGACCCUGGGGCCAGGUGAUUCCAUCAUCCAGAAUGGAGCCAACAGUAGCGUGGGACAGGCUGUUAUUCAGAUUGCAGCAGCUUUAGGCAUCAAAACAAUCAAUGUGAUCCGCAAUAGACCCAACCUCCAGGAGCUGGUACACAGAUUGAAGUCCCUUGGUGCGGACCAUGUCAUCACAGAAGAGAUGCUGAGAAAGCCCGAGAUGCAAGACAUAUUUAAGAAAGUCCCAAAGCCCCGGUUAGCUCUGAAUUGUGUUGGAGGAAAAAGUACCACUGACAUGCUGCGCCACAUCCAACAGAAGGGGACCAUGGUUACAUAUGGCGGGAUGGCAAAACAGCCUGUGACUGUCCCUGUGAGUGCAUUCAUCUUUAAGGAUGUGAAGCUUCGUGGGUUUUGGAUGACUCAGUGGAAGAAAGACCAGGCCCAGAAUAAGGACAGAUUUUCUGGGAUGAUUCUGAACCUGUGUGAUCUUAUUCAUAAGGGGCAGCUGAGGGCUCCAGCCUGCACAGAGGUCCCUCUGAAGGACUAUCAGAUUGCCCUGGAGGCCUCUAUGAAGCCAUUCACCACAUCUAAACAGGUGCUCAUCAUGUGAGGCUGCUCUCAUAGACAGUCGUGCACCCUUUGUUUCCAGAGGAUUUUUAAGAGGGAGCGGAAUCACAGCCAAUGCUGGCGACCUUGGAAACAAUACAACGGGUUUCAGGCAGGGCUUCAGGGCGUCCCCACUACAACUCGUCCCUGUAUACAUCCGUUCCACACUAAAGUCAUUGACGUUUUUAGGAACUGAUGCGUUGGAAGUCCUCCCAUUCCCCGCUAUAAGUCAUGCAAAACACUCCCUCCAAUUUGCUUAAAUGGAAGUCAGCCGCAGGAAAAAAAUGUAAGUUGUUUUACUAUAAGUCCAAUUUUUUGGAAUGUAUCUUGGACUUAUAGUGAGGACAGCCUGUACCCAGUAUUCAGAGGAGAGUUGUUGAAGAGGUCCCCCCAACAGUGGCCCUGCUAACCCCAAUACUGUCCUGUACAAUCCUUAGGGAAAUUUUAAAUCUGUAGUUUGAUAUUAAGGCAGUUGCAGCUGAAAUAAAGGUGUGUCACAUUGUAUUGCAAACCUGUCAUCCAAGUUCAAGAACUGUGAAACAAGCCCCUGAAAUGUCAAUGAUUGUUCAGAAUAAAUGCUAUAAUUUUGAGAGA